UCUAUCGUCUUCUCCAAUCGAAUCCUCUCCAAAGAUUUCAACGCUUAUCUGAGUCUUCUUCUUCGCUUUAGAGUAGGUUGAUAGUUGAUACAACAAAUUUGAGGAUAAUGAUCAAAGCCGCCAUGGAUCUCGGUUGCUUGGAUUUGGGAUGUCUCUCUUCACUCUCUGACAAGAAAACCGGCGCCGUCGGUGUUUCUGAUCCUCUUCAAUUCUCUUCUUCUCCUUCCAAAUCUAGCAAGAACAAAUCACCAAGAGAGACAUCAGCGGUUAGGAAAUCACAAUCAAAGAGAUCCGCUCAACGUAAAACAUCACCUCUCGGUUGGUUCCCGAGGAGAAAGGGCGAUUCCUACCUGAAUAGGAAGAUUAAGAAGCUACAGGAGGUUGGUGGAAUGAAUCAGACGCUUGAUGAGACUCUUGGCGACUCCAAUCCACACUACUGUAAAAUUGUAAGGGAGCAGAUGGCUGUCAAAGAUGCUGCAGGUAAAGCCAUGGAGCUUCGUAAAGCUGCUCUCGUUGAAGCAUCUUGGUGUAAAAUACUUCGAGCUGCUAGGAUUCCAUGUACAGAAGCAGAAACUUUGAUGGAGAAUGCAGAAAAGGCUGCUGUGGAAGCUUUUGAAGCGGCAACUGCAAUGGGAGUGAUAAUUCAUGAUAAACCAAACAGCUCAAGGAAACAAUAUCGUAUCGAAUCAUCAGGAACACAUGGAAGGGGAUCUCCUACUCAUACCGUUACUGCGUCUUUUGAAACUGCGUUUGAUGUAGAUAAAGAAGUAGCUGCUGUUGUAAAAACUGCAUUUGCUAGGCUUGCAAACUCCCCUUCUCUCAGUAAAGCUGAGUUUAAAGACCUUCUGAAGAAGAUAAGCGAGAAUCCUGAUGUGCGUGAUAAUCAUGAGAUCACUGAGUUGUCUUCAGAAUGCGACACAGAGUCAGAUUCUGAACUCGGCAUUCUACACAAGGUUGAUGAAGAAGUGGCUGAAUGUGAAGAGACUUCGUCUUUCAAAACGAGACAGCUAAAAGUCAAGAGGCGGCAGUCCUUUGGGAAGAUUAGCAGGGAGAAACUGCUGGAUAUGAUGCUUGAGAGGCUUCAGGGCUUACAAGAAGAUCAACUUUCAAGUCUUGCCUCUGUAGUAGCAACUUGUGGUUUAAAUGAGGCCUUGGCUGGAGUUGGUAGCCACAGGGAGCAGAACACAAGCAUCGAAUCAACUGUUUCAGACCAUGGGAAUUCUUCUUCAAUGGAUAUAAGAUCAAGAAGAGAUUCUAAAUUUGGGACCAUAAUGGAAGGAAAAACAACAGGGAAUGGAACAGAUACAGAGAUUCCGAGUUUGGACAAGUAUCUAGUGAAGCAUAUGACCAAAUUAGAAAAAGAAGUCUGUGAAGCAAAAAGGGCUUCAAAGGACCAAUCUGACAAAGACAGAAAAGUUCCUCAAGGUGUUGCAAGUGAUCCUGUUCCAGAUUUGGGAAGCAUCCUUGUGAAACAUUCUUCAAGGCUUGAGAAGGAGAUCGAAGAAGCCAAGAAAAACGCAGGAAUGAAUUCUAGAAAGUACCAAAAGAACUCAAGCAGAAACAAAACUUCAAUGGAUCCUAUCCCGGACUUGGAAAGUUUGCUAGUGAAAAAGCAUGUUUCGGGAUUGGAGAAGGACGUUCAAGAAACUAUAAGGAACUGCGGAAGUAUGUAUGAGAACGUGAAGAAGCCAGGAAAGAAAGAGAGUUCGUCUGAAGUUCCCAGCCUGGAUAGUUGCCUGGUAAAACAUGUCUCCAAGCUAGAGAAAGAAGUCCUAGAUGCAAAGAGGAGAAACCAAGAAGAUCUUGAAGCAAGAAAUUUAGAAAGUGUUUCAGGUGGGCUGGCUGAAGAAUUGGGAAAAGAAAACGUGGACUUGAACAAUAAAACUGAGGGUCAUGAAGAAAGCUUAGACAAGAUCUUGGUCAAGCCGACUCACAGGUUGGAAAGAGAAAAAGCUGCAUCAGAAGCAGUCUACGGAAAUCGGAGGAUUCAAAAGAGAAAACAAGCAGCAAAAACAGAGUCAGAUUAUGAGAGUUUGGACAAAAUUUUGGUGAAACAUGUUCCAAAGCUAGAGAAGGAGAAGCAGAGAUUCAAAACUGGAGCAGAUAAGACGGAGAACUCAAUGAACAAUGACGAAGGUAGCUUGGACCAAACACUGGAAAAACAUAGCCAGGGACCUGAAAACAUGAAGACGGCAAAACCAAUUCUUACCAGACAACAAGAGAGGGAUAUAGAAAUACAAGAAACUUGGGGUGGUUUAGGCCUUGGGGAGUCAAAGAACAAUAGCCAGAAGAGACUUGAAAGCAAGAAAACAGAAGCUACAGAUCAUUUGGGGGAAGACAAAAGACCGGUCCUUUCUAGACGACAAGCAAGGGACAAAGAAAUGCUAGAAGCUUGGGGUGGUUUAGGACUUGGGGACUCAAACCUGUACCAAACAGUUAAUAAGCAUAAAACGAAACCUGAAACCGAGAAGGUAGAGAAAGCAGCACCAUCAUUAACAAGAAGACAAGCAAGGGAUAGAGAGAUGCAAGAAGCUUGGGGAGGUUUAGAUCUCGGGAACUCGAUUCGACCGAGUGUGUCAAAACUUGAAAGAGAGAAGGCUGCGUGGAUUAAGGCCGAGAAAGAGGAAACCAAUCGAGGAAACCAAUCGAGGAAACUAAUGUCCAACGGAACAGAACAUAAGAACAUAUAAUUCUUUUUCUUUUAACAAAUGGACAAUUAGAUCAUAAGGAUCUUAGCUAGUUUCAAGAAAAUAUUGUGUAAAUUUCAUUUGGUAAUAACUGAUGUAGAGUGUAUGUAAUAAAUAUUUCUUUUGUAAGGGACCAAUUUUUAAAACAAAUUA